UUUGAAGUCCGAACUCAACGCCACGAAAAGCUUAAACCCUUCAAAACCAAUCAAACGCACAGAGAGAGAGAGAGAGAGAGAGACUCAGUCACGCUCACUCACACAGCCAUGGCUACCCAACAAGAAGAAGAAGAAGCCAAACUCGAACGGUUUCUCCAGUGGUUACAGGUGAACGGAGUUGAACUACGUGGUUGCAAGAUUAAGCACUGUGAUUCUAAAGGCUUUGGUAUUUUCUCGGCCGCCAAUCAAGCUUCUGAUGGUGUUCUAUUAGUUGUUCCACUUGAUUUAGCAAUAACUCCUAUGAGAGUGUUGCAAGAUUCUCUUCUUGGACCAGAAUGCAGAGCAAUGUUUGAAGAAGGAGAAGUAGAUGACAGGUUCCUGAUGAAUUUGUUUCUAACCUUGGAGCGCCUCCGUAAAAAUUCUUCAUGGAAGCCGUACCUUGAUAUGCUUCCAACCAGUUUUGGGAAUCCACUUUGGUUUACUGAUGAUGAGCUAUUGGAGCUAAAGGGAACCACGUUGUAUCGGGCCACCGAAUUGCAGAAGAAAAAGUUGCAGACUUUAUAUGAUGACAAAGUGAAGCCAUUAGUGAAGAAACUUUUAACACUUGAUGGGGAUUCAGAAAGCGAGGUGUGCUUUGAAGAUUUCCUUUGGGCAAAUUCUGUAUUUUGGACUCGUGCUUUGAACAUUCCUUUGCCACAUUCCUAUGUAUUUCCACAAACUCAAGAAGAAGACAGUAACUUUGCAACUACCAAAGAUUCUGAGCUUUGCACUAAUUAUAUUUCCAGUGGAGAGAAUGAAAAAGGAUGUAGGGUCCAGAAUGUAGAUAGCCAAGUCAACGGAGUGACAUCCACAGCAAUACAAGGAGAAACCAUCUGGGUGGAGGGUCUUGUCCCUGGCAUUGACUUUUGCAACCAUGAUUUGAAGGCAGCAGCAACUUGGGAAGUUGACAGAACAGGAUCAAUAACUGGAGUUCCUUUCUCUAUGUACCUUCUAUCUGCUGAACAAAGUCUCUUUGAAACCGAGAGAGAGAUUUCCAUUAGCUACGGUAACAAAGGAAAUGAGGAACUACUUUAUUUGUAUGGAUUUGUCAUUGAUAAUAAUCCCGAUGACUAUCUCAUGGUCCAUUACCCCAUGGAGGCAAUCCAUAGUGUUCCCUUUUCUGAUUCGAAGGUCCAGCUGCUUGAAGCACAGAAGGCUGAACUGAGGUGUCUGUUGCCUAGAAGUUUGCUGGAUCGUGGAUUUUUUUCAGAAUGCACAGCAAAAAUUGAAGGGAAUGAUAAAUGUGAGGAUCAAGUUCGCAGUCACAGUUGGAGUGGUCAGCGCAAGAUGCCCUCUUACUUAAACAAGCUGGUUUUUCCCGAUAACUUUUUAACUGCCUUGAGGACCAUAGCCUUGCAGGAAGAUGAGAUUUUUCAGGUUUCAUCGAUGCUGGAAGAGCUUGUUGGAUCUGGUAGGGAGAGGCAACCAUCUGACACAGAAGUCUGUGCAGCAAUAUGGGAGGCUUGUGGUGAUUCUGGAGCUCUACAAUUGCUUGUUGAUCUUCUCCAGAUGAAGAUGGUAGAUCUUGAAGAGAAUUCUGGAGCGGAGGACUGUGACAUUGAACUUCUUAAAGAAGUCAAUACUACUGAAAGCCAGGAGCUGCAAACACCAAUCAAAGAGUCAGAUGGCUUAACCCAACAGAAGUUGAGUAAAAACAGGAGGUCUAGUAUAAUAUAUAGACGAGGGCAAAAGCAACUGACUCGUUUAUUUCUGAAGGAAGCAGAGCACGCAUUGCAAUUAGCACUUAGUGAAAGAAACUAGAUGUUAAUCAAUUUCCACAUAUUGUAUAAGAACUAGUUUCACAGCUUUUAUUUAUUUAUUUUAAUGUGCCUCUGUCUCAAGAUGGAGUCUUAGCACCUUGCAAUUACUCUAUCUUCCUCUUUUCUGAUUCAAUAAGUUUUAAGGGGCAAAGUUUUACAGCUGAGAUGAAAUUAUUGUUUAUAGGGGUUUCUUGAUUA